AUGAUAGAAAAUAAGAUAUCUAAUAACAGAUAUUAUUGUAAUAUAUGUAAGAUUUGGAUUGCAAAUCAUCCUGUAAAUAUCAGACAUCAUGAAGAUGGUAUAAGGCACAAGCGUAACCAACAGAAACUUCUAAGAAAUGAGAAGUAUAAAGCUAAACAAGACAGAAUAAAGGAUUACAUGAUACAAGAGGAACUAAAGAAGAUGGAAAACCCUAAUUACAUUUCAAAGAGUGAUAUUAAACAAACUACAAGUUUGUCACCAAACUUAUUAAAGAUAUGGACAAAUAAGAGUGAGGACCCAUUUAUAAAGAAUAAUAUUAAUGAGCAAAUGAAUGAUGCAACUUCAUGUAGAGCAAAACGUAAAUUUGAGGGGUAUAAAGAUACAAUCCCCACAAAACGGAAUUCUUUUCUAUCAAACAAAGCUAUUGAUGAUAUUAAUAAAUCUAGUACAUCUAUAGGGAAGUGGGAAGAAGUUACUCCAGGGGAAUCUAUAUAUAAAAGUAUUACGGAAGAAACAUAUUCAGAUGUUGAAGUGCAAUAUAAAGAGUUAGAUUCUGAUUUAAGGCUAUUUAGUAAAGAACCGGAACUAGAUAAUAAAAUAUAUGAUAUAAAUAUAGCAAUCCCGCCCGUGGGAAUCGAGACGGAAGACACAAAGCGGGAAGAUAAGUAUAUUAUUAAUGAGCCUAUCAAGAUCAGAUUUAAAAAGAAAGAUGUCUCUAAUAAAGUAUUUAUAGCAUAG